AAUAUCUUAUCGUCUUCGUCCCCGUGCUGCGGCUCUGCAACUUGCUGAGCAUCCAAAUAAUGGGUGACGACGUACAUGGAGCAAAUACUACACAAAUUUAACUCCUUUCAAUUAAAAAUGGCCCUCGCGGGUAAUAAAUUUUGUGAAUUUCCUCUCAGGACUUCACUCUCGCUUAACUAUCGCUCCUCCGCUCAUGGCCGCGCUUCCUUCUGUCACUCCAAAUUUUCGUUUCUCGUUCUCAGGCCUUCCUCCUCCCUCCGAACAACAGAGCAAAGUGGCCGCGACUAUUCUUCCUCUUGGGAUGACGGAGGCCCCAAACCCUCCCCAAAAUCAAAGUCCCCAACAGCCCCAUGGAUCACCAAAUGGCCCUCUUCUAAUCCUGCAACUGAAUCACCGAACCGACAACAGAACAGAAAAGUUUCUGACUUUAAUGCCGAGGAGCCGGUUGAUCAAGCUGAGACUCGCUUUUUUCAUAAGGAUAAGGGGCAGAAUGCGAUUGAGAGAAUCGUUCUUCGACUGCGGAAUUUAGGACUGGGGUCAGAUGAUGAGGAGGAAGACGAAAUGGAAGCUGGAGGCAGGGCUGAAUUGCCACUAACCGGAGGGGAGAGACUGGGCGACUUGUUGCGGCGAGAGUGGGUUCGACCGGAUGCUGUAUUGGCUGAGGAUCAACGUGAUGAGAUGGUCUUGCCGUGGGAGAGAGGUGAGGAGAAUGAUACGGCAGUGGACGGAGAGAGGGGGCUGAAGAAAAGGAGGGUAAAGGCACCAACUUUGGCGGAGCUAACUCUUGAGGAUGAGGAGCUUAGGCGACUGAGAAGAAUGGGAAUGAACAUUAGAGAGAGGAUCAGCGUGCCAAAAGCUGGGAUUACGCAGGCUGUGCUGGAGAAGAUUCAUGAAAAGUGGAGGAAAGAGGAGUUGGUGAGGCUCAAGUUUCAUGAGGCACUUGCUCGGGAUAUGAAGACAGCUCACGAGAUUGUUGAGCGUCGAACAGGAGGAUUAGUCAUAUGGAGGUCUGGAAGUGUUAUGAUGGUGUAUCGUGGUGGUCAUUAUGAAGGACCUACAUCUAGGAGCCAAUCUAAUGGAAGGGAAGUUGAAGACCUUUUUGUGCCUAAUAUUUCCACAAGCAAUUUGUCAUCGACAGAGGACAGCAAUGCAACAUCAUCCCAGGAAAAGAGUGAGCCAGUUGUGAGGAAUUAUAAACAAGCAGAGAACAUGACACAGGAGGCAGCAGAGUAUAACAGCCUGCUUGAUGGUUUAGGUCCUCGUUUUGUUGAAUGGUGGGGCACAGGAAUACUUCCUGUUGAUGCUGAUUUACUUGCUCCUACAAUUCCUGGUUAUAAAACACCCUUUAGGCUUCUUCCUACUGGAAUGCGUUCUCGACUAACAAAUGCAGAGAUGACCAAUUUAAGGAAAGUUGCCAAAUCACUUCCUUGUCAUUUUGCCUUAGGGAGAAAUAGAAAUCAUCAAGGUUUGGCAUGUGCUAUUCUCAAGCUUUGGGAAAAAAGCUUAGUUGCAAAGAUUGCUGUCAAACGAGGUAUCCAGAAUACAAACAAUAAGCUGAUGGCUGAGGAGCUAAAGAAUUUGACAGGUGGUACUUUGUUGCUAAGGAAUAAAUACUACAUAGUAAUGUUUCGUGGGAAGGACUUUGUUCCAACAAGUGUUGCCGCAGUUUUAGCUGAAAGAGCAGAAUUAGCAAAACAGGUACAGGAUGUUGAAGAGAAAAAGCGCUGUGAAGCUGUUGGUACAAUUCCUUCAACAUCAACAGCACAAGCAGGAUCAUUGGCAGAGUUUUAUGAGGCUCGGGCACGCUGGGGGAGGGAAAUAUCUACUGACGAACAUGAGAAGAUGAUGGAAGAAACUGCAAAAGCCAAGAGUGUUAGGCUUGUCAAACAAGUUGAACAUAAGCUAAAUAUUGCUCAGGCAAAAAAGCUUAGAGCAGAAAGGCUGUUAGCUAAAAUAGAAGCAUCCAUGGUUCCAGCUGGUCCUGAUUAUGACCAGGAAACAAUCACAGAUGAAGAGCGCGUGAUGUUUCGCCGGGUUGGUCUAAGAAUGAAACCAUACUUGCCACUUGGUAUACGUGGGGUCUUUGAUGGUGUCAUUGAGAAUAUGCAUUUGCAUUGGAAGCACCGAGAACUUGUAAAAUUGAUUACCAAACAAAAGACCCUUGCUUUUGUUGAAGACACAGCUAGGUUGUUGGAAUAUGAAAGUGGUGGAAUACUUGUGGCAAUAGAAAGAGUUCCCAAAGGAUAUGUCAUUAUCUACUACCGUGGAAAGAAUUAUAGGCGGCCUAUCACUCUGAGGCCUAGAAACCUUCUAACAAAGGCAAAGGCAUUGAAACGCUCUGUAGCCGUGCAACGCCAUGAGGCUCUUAGUCAGCAUAUAACUGAACUGGAGAAAACUAUAGAGCAAAUGAAAAAAGAUCUUGGUAUGUCUCAAGAUGAGCUUGAAGAUAGUUGGAGCGUAGAGGAUAAUAAUCAAAUAAACCCCAUCUCAGAAUUUAGCCAAAGUGACGAUGAAGAUUCUGAUGACUAUAAUGAUGUUGAUUAUGAUGAUAAGGAAGACAUUGGUUGUGAAGAUGAUGAAAAUUUUGAGCCCUGAAGCUUUUAAAACGAUAUGCAUCCUAUGAAGAAAGGUUAUUGUGCAUCAUUGAAGCUUCCUCAAUGGCGUCUUUCAUUUACUGCAACCAACUAGUCAGAUUGCGUUUUCUGUAUUUCAAGUCAUUUUCCCUGUUUGUAGGUGUGGACAUGGGGAGGCGGAUUUACGACAAUGAAUUGAUCUUUUCCCCUGUUUGCGCGUCAUUGGAACUUCAGCAAAAUUCUAUCAUCAAUGAUGUGCCGAUCCCAGAUUUUCCAUUUCCAAUGGCGCCUGAUCUUCUGCGGCUCUCUUUUGGCUUUGAGUAUGCUGGUUGGCUUACGAGUGACUGUAGACUAUAUAUUUAAUUUAUUAGUAUAAUCGCUCGUCCAUUGGAAGAGUUCCGCGCCCCUGUAUGGAAAUCCAAUAAAUUAUGUUUCCUUGUGUUCCUUAUUGCCUUCAAUGGAAUUCAGAUUGUAAUGGUAAAUUGGUAAUC